AGGAAAACGCCGCGGGAGCGAGCAAUUACGUCAUCAACACGGAGUCCCGGAAGCGAAAGGACUGGUAGCUGCCUGCCUGUUUCUGCUGCUAAAACGAAAAGGGAAACAGGAAUGCUUAGGAAGAUGAAGUGGUUAUAGCUUAUAGCCACGAAGGUUUGGAUGACAUCUAAGAUAUUCCAGACUCAUUAUCAGCGGAUUCAAAGUCACCAUAAUGGCUUGUCGCAACAUUCAUGCAGCCACUGUGUUUGCAUAUAUAUUUGGGAUGGCCUCUGUAGCUGGACUAAUAACUGCUACAGUUGCACCAAACUGGAGAUUAAUGAGACUCAUCUCUUUCAACAAAAAUGCCAAAAAUGUUUCGGUGAGCAUUGGCUUGUGGAUAAAAUGUUUCCGGAUAGAGGGAGACUCUGAAUGUGCUCUAUACGAGACUGAUUGGUAUUCUAACAUGGACCAGCUGGAUCUGCGAGUACUCCAGUUUGCCCUUCCAUUUAGCAUUUUCUUUGCUAGCUUAGCUGCUCUGUUAUGUUUGAUCGGUAUAUGUAACACAGCCUUUGGACGUGAAGCUCCUAACAUCAACCUUGCCAAGUGCCUUGUAAACAGUGCAGGUUGUCAUCUAGUAGCUGCUUUACUGUUUUUUCUGUCUGGAGCCCUGAGCCUUACUCCAUCUGUUUGGGUUAUUUUCCAGACCAAUGACAUGAACAAAAAAUAUGCAAGUAUUUAUGCAACCAGCACAGCAACAUAUUUAGCGAUUGCUAGUGCUGGGGGGAUGCUUUUCACUUCUUGUCUGUUAAUGUUGUGGUACUGUGCUUGCAAGGCAUUGCCAUCUCCUUUUUGGCAGCCACUACCUUCACAGCCUGCCAGUGUUCAUAGUUAUCCAUCUCAUUCUUAUGCAUCUCCUCCAUAUUCCUCUCGGUCUAGGUUAUCAACAAUUGAAAUAGAUAUUCCAGUUGUCACUCAAGUUUCAUAAUGGAAACCUGGCAUCAAAACUUUAAACACUAGGCUUUUUAUAUACAGGAUUAUAUUGUUACACUUUAAGGAGUAUUUUUUUCUUCACAAUCAUAGUUAAAGCAAUUUUUAAAAAAGUAGAUUUUUUUUAAACCAGCCAAAACUACACCAAAUGAUUAAAUCUAAAUCGAAUGGAUAUACUAAACAGAUUUCUUAAAAAAAGACCCCAAGGGUUGUAUAAGCUCCAACGUUGCACUCUUCUACUCUAAAGAUGGGAUACUUUAUUUCAUGUAUACUUCUUUGUACAAUCUUGAUAGUAUUUGGUCCAUAAAGUAUAGUAGUAAUCACUAUUGUAAUUCAAAGAUGAUAAUCACAGCGAGCAUUUGUUUUCUAAUUUAUUUACAGUCAUUAGCAAUGGAUAUGCUAAUAUUAAAACUGUUGCCAUAAAUGUAUUACUUUGUCUUCUUAACAAAUUGCUGCCUUGUAAUGGUAAGAAACAAAAAGAACCAAAAAGCAUCAAAUCCUUCAAUGAAACAGACAUGUUAGACCAGUUUGUAUGAUCACAGACUAAGUAUAGUAAGCCUUUUGAUCAAAGUGCCAUAAUACACUGGUAAUGAAUUUGGAAAUGACUGCAUACAUCUCAGAAAUAUUCUUUUUAAUUUUUAAAUGUUAUCUGUUGCUGUAUUUUUCUACAAAUGUAAGUAUGUUGUGUUCUGAAUUCCAAACCUAUGAAUUGAGUUUAAAAGAAAAAAAAAAGUAACAUUGUUUCUUGUUUAAAAGUUCUUGUUAUAAACUCGAACAUCUUAAAGUGGUGAUUUUGCAUUUUGCUUAAUUGUGCUCAACUUUGUAUAUACCAAAUGAAACCGAAACAGUUAUGCUUGUUUUGUCUCUAGAUGUUUAUACUUCAAAAUAUUUUUAAAGUUAGCAAUCUGUGUAUGCAGAGUAUUUAAAAUUAAUUGCACAUUAUGUAGUUUUGUUCAGUGUAUUUCUGCUUGCUUUAAUAUAGGUAGUGUUACAUUUUAGUGCUUUGUAGCACACACAUUUUGUAAUAGUAAAUCAGUGAUAUCAUUAUGUGUUUUUGUUGGUGUACUUUUUUUAAUACUAGACAUUUUAAUGAGCAUACAUGUUAGUGAAAAAUAUAAAAAUGAGAGCCUUGCUCUUGCUUUAGUCUGCUAAUGUUCAGUAUGUUUCUGUAUAUUCACAAGCUAAACUGUGUACAGAGCAAAGUUCUUGUUGUAAAUAAGGUGCUUAAAAUAACAUUAAAUGUUGAAAUAGA